AUGCCACAUCGACGACGGUGUCAACAAGAACUUGAGGUGGCGUUUGUAGUACCCGUGCUCAUCUGUACCACAGCACCGAACCCAUGCCUUCAACCACUGGCAUUCAUUUUCACAUAUAUAUGUGACUGCUCCACUGAAAAUUCCCUCUUUCGACCCAUCCCCGUCCCAACGUGGCUACCACACUUCCCUCUGCACGACUUUAUUUCUGCCCGAAACCACCACAUUCACGUUCUACUUCUGCUCUGUGGCAUGGCCUUCGAACCAGCUCUUCCAUACAUUAGUACCACAUCAUCUCCCAUACUACUGCGAGGUACUAUAAAUUCAGGGAAGACUCGAGGUGCUGCCCAAAUAUGUCGUGUUCUAUUCAUUAUGGAAACCAGAAAAUAA